GAGAUAGAGGGAGAGAGAGAGAGAGGCAGCUGGAGACUCGCACACAACUGUAGUCAGUCUUGGGAUCUGAGCGCUGCCAAGAGGCAAGCACAGAAGCCAGCAUCGUAUUUCCAUGAGGAUGACAUGCUCCGAGAAGAGCACAGGAGACCGUUUUGUUAAGGGAAUCAAAGGAGGAUCAAAGCCAAUUCUACAAUGUCAGGGUUGCUGAUGUUGCCAUCUACAUCGCUUUCGAUUCUGCGCGGCACCCCUUCUUAGUUUAUUCAUACGGAGUUGCGGUCGUCUCGACGAUCGAUUGGCUACGAUGAUAAUGAAUCACUUCCUCUGGCUGCUCCCACUGAUAUUUCCCCACCUGAGCUCUCCAGUCAUAUUGCUGGAGAGGAGUGAUGGAAAUCUCCCUCACAACUGGAAUCAUAUGAUGGAAGAAGAUAAAACGGUGCUGCACAGAUUCAGAAGGGAUUGGAUGUGGAGGCAAUUCUUCCUGUCGGAGGAAUACACAGGAAGCAACAAUCAGUAUGUCGGCAAGCUUCGCUCGGACAAAGACAGUGGUGAUGGAACUGCCAGAUACGUUCUCUCUGGGGAAGGUGCGGGCACGGUUUUCCGUAUCGAUGAGAAGUCUGGCGAUUUACAUGCUACUCAGAGACUGGACAGAGAGGAAAAGGCCUCUUACACACUGCAGGCUCAAGCUUUCAACAAGAUCACCGGUCUCCCUCUGGAGCCUGCCACCGAAUUCAUUGUCAAGAUACAUGACAUCAAUGACAAUGAGCCCAAAUUUACCCAGGCUGUCUACAGUGCCAGUGUACCUGAAAUGUCAGACGUCGGUACUUUUGUGAUCGAAGUGAAUGCCACCGAUGCAGAUGAUGCCACAUAUGGGAACAGUGCUAAACUUGUGUACAGCAUCCUGCAGGGCCAACCAUACUUCUCAGUGGAGCCCGAGACAGGAAUUGUCAGGAUUGCCCUGUCUAACAUGGAUCGGGAAGUGAGAAAUGAGUACCAGGUGGUUAUACAAGCUAAAGACAUGGCAGGACAGAUGGGUGGUCUAUCUGGAACCGCCAUUGUCAACGUCACCUUAACGGAUGUUAAUGACAGCCCACCACGUUUUGCUUACAGUUCUUACCACCUAAGCACCUAUGAGUCUGCUGAAAUUGGGUCAACAGUGGGGCGAAUCAAAGCCAAUGACGGGGAUGAGGGAGAGAACGCUGAAAUGAAAUACAGAAUUAUGGAUGGAGAUGGCAAAGAAUACCUUGACAUAAUUACAGAUGACAUAACCCAAGAGGGUGUUAUUGUUGUCAAAAAGAAACUGGACUAUGAAAGCAAGCGAGUGUACACUGCAAAAGUGGAGGUGUCAAACAUGCACCAGGACCCCAACUUCCUUCAUCUGGGACCAUUCUCAGACACAGCCAUAGUCAAGGUCACAGCCAAAGACGUGGACGAGCCACCUGUCUUCAGCAGGCCUCAGUAUGUCUUCGAGGUCAAUGAGGAUACACCAAAAGGCACCGCAAUUGGAACCAUUACAGCCUGGGACCCCGACGCUACAGAUUACCCAAUCCUAUAUGCAAUAGAUCAGCACUCGGACCCUGAGAGGCUUUACCACAUCGACCCCAAGAAUGGAUCCAUCACAAUUCUGAGGUCUCUUGACAGGGAGGUGUCAAAGUGGCACAACCUGUCCAUCCUGGCGAGCGAGAUGAAUAACCCUCGCCAAAGAAGCCGUGUUCCUGUCUUGAUAAAGGUUUUGGAUGUAAAUGAUAAUGCUCCGGAGUUUGCCAUGAUUUAUGAGACAUUUGUGUGCGAGAAUGUAAAAGCUGGGCAGCUCAUACAGACAAUCAGUGCCAUUGACACGGAUGAACCUCUUGUGGGUCACAAAUUUGUAUUCAGUCUGAGUUCCCUGAAUACAAACUUCACCAUCUUUGAUAAUGAAGAUAACACAGCCAGAAUUCUGACCAGAAGAAGUGGAUUUAACAGGCGUGAAAUGAGUGUAUACUAUCUGCCAGUUGUUAUCUCCGACAGCGACUACCCCAUCCAGAGUAGUACCAGCACGUUGACCAUUCGUGUGUGUAGCUGUGACGCCACCGGCAACAUGCGUUCCUGCAGCGUUGAUGCAUUGCUGCUCUCUGCUGGCCUGAGCACUGGAGCGCUAGUGGCAAUACUCCUCUGCAUCCUCAUCCUGCUUAUGAUCGUGGUCCUGUUCUCGGCUCUAAAAAAACAGAGAAGAAAGGAACCGCUGAUCGUCUCCAAAGAGGACGUAAGGGAUAACGUUGUCAGCUAUAAUGAUGAGGGUGGUGGUGAGGAGGACACACAAGCCUUUGACAUCGGCACACUGCGCCACCCAGAGGUGAUCGAGAGCAACAAGUUAAGACGUGACAUCAUCCCCGAAAUGCUGUUUCCAUAUCACAGACCUUCACCCAUGAAGGAGUGUGCGGAUGUCAGAGAUUUCAUUAUUAGCAGACUGCAAGAAAAUGACACAGACCCUUUUGCACCUCCCUAUGACUCCCUCGCCACAUAUGCUUAUGAGGGCAAUGGAUCAAUUGCUGAGUCACUGAGUUCUCUGGAGUCUUCUGCGACUGAGGGAGACCAUGAAUAUGAUUACCUCUCUAACUGGGGCCCGCAGUUUAAAAAGCUCGCUGACAUGUACGUCGGGAAGGAUACGGGAGUUGCCAAUUAAGAUGCCAUUCAAUGAACCUUCAUUUUCUCUAUAUGUAAACUUGGCUGUCAUUCUGGGCUGCGAGACGUAAAGGAAACAGAAAAAAGACAAAGGGAAAAAAGGAGGUGCUUCAACCGAAGUCUUUCUCCUUGUUUUCUACAACAUGAGCUGAAUUUCACUUUUAUGAUGGAUUUUUCGUGGACGGUGUCGUGGUAAGGUGAUUUUGUGAUGAUGAUAUUGUUUUUUGUUCAAUAGCAGAAAAAACAAGACUGAGAGUAAGAAUGGAUGAUUUUGUGACAAACAAAAAAACCAUGACAGGACUGCCUUCAUCUUGACAGAUUACACGGGACUCCCUGUUCCUCUACUUUUUUGGUACCAUAUCCCAAAACCAGAAUUACAAACAGUAUUACAGAUACAUAUAUAAAGAUAUAGUAUGUUACAAUGUUUUACAAGGCAUAAAACUGCAUAAGGGAGACAGAAAGAGAGAAGGCUAUCAAGUCGUAACCACAAACAUUAAAAUGGUUAUAAAGUAAAUUAAUGUUAAAUUAUUUGAAUUGUUUCCUUUAGGGGGGUAAUGAUACACUCAUCUCAUGAUAAAUUAUAUAAUAUGAUAUGACACGUAACGGGACUGGUUUCACAAUUACAGUUGUAUCACAAUAUUAUGAACAAAGCUAUAAAAUGAAAUUUUAACGGAUUCAAAUAUUUGAGAGAAUGUUAGAGAAUUUACAAUAUUCAAGGUGUAAUUGAACAGGUUGUAUGUAAAUUAAAAAAUAAAUAGAUCCGUCACUGAAAAAUAAAAUGAAUUUUAACACAAAAUUAAGAACGGAAUUAAGAAAGCUAAACCCUUAGGGGCGGUUUCACAGACUAGUCCCAUAGACUAACUUAAAUGUUAGAGGUGUCUUAAUCGAAAACAACUUCCACUGACUUAUCUUAAAACACAUCAGUGCGAUUGUUUUGUCUCAAGAUACCCACCAGUAGUGUUUUUUGUAAAGUAUGUUUUUAAAAACAAUUUAAAUAUCCUAAUUUAACCAAGGCCUAGUCCUGGUUUAAACUAAUCCCUGUCCGGGAAAACCGCCCCUUAAGCCAAGUUCACAUUACACAACUUUAAACGUCGGCCGAUCGCUGAGCUGUUCAGAUUACAUGACUUGUUGCUCUCUGUGAAGUCUGGAGUCUUUAAGUUGUUAAACACUACGUAAAUGAUCUGCAACAGGAGGUGACACACUACACGAACUGUGAACAAUUCUGUCACUUAGCGACUCAAUCCGGUCCCCAAAGCCAAAAAAACGUGAGAAGUGGAACAGAAAAUGACACGAAAAACAUGCGACACAAGCUGUUUGCUUAAUGAUCUGCUCGGAAAACCCUAGAAAAAGGAAAAAACAAGGGAUAUGAGUGAAAGAAUGGAUCAGCAUACGGGGGCAGUUCCGGUGACCUCAACCCAUGGCUUGCUGUCAUUGGCUGUGCCUCGUCGCGUCACUUGACAUCACAUGAUGUCGAGUCGGACGACAGCUCCAGAUAUUUAUCAUGCUAGAUAUUUGUCUGGCGUCUGCGAGGCAUCAGCGACGCAUCAGGGAGCCUCUUUGAUGAGUCAUUUACUAGUUCACACAUAAAGAUUGGCGAGCGCUGAUCGCACGCUGUUUUGCCCCCGAUCACAGCCCGACCUGUCGGCGAGCUCAACGACUUGCAAAUCGGGCUUAAAAUCAUGUCGUUUGAACUUGGCAUUAGAGAGAACAUCUUAAAGCUGCAGGUCACAUGUUUGCAGCUUAACCUAUAAAAUUAAACCGACAUCAUAUCGUAAACCUUCAAUUUAUCAAUAAACCCCUAGUUUCCUUUCUUGCAUUUUGUCUUUAAACAGCACAGACAUCAUUUUUAAAAUAUGUAAAUUCAAGGAAACAAGGUUAACGCAAGGUUACAGUUCCUUGCACGUGGUGGAAGAAAGACUUUGAUUUAUUAGGCAAAAACGUACCACUUCUGUAUCCCCUGUAAUUGCAAGAGUCACUUAUGUCCCCCUGUAAAACAAUUACUGUCUGAAUAGGGCUACAGAAUGAUUUCAGUUUGAAAGGGAGUGUAGAUGCGCUGAAAGAAUGUUUCAUUGCAUAAAGACGUAGCUUCUCUGCACAUCUUUUGAAGUGCUCUCUUGUUGAAACAUUAUUGCAACAUUAUCUUUACAGCACUGACAAGCUCACGGAGGAACAGGGGAGUGUUUUCAAAUCUGGAUGAAAGGUAGUUCUCCUCGACUUCAUUUGCUUGUGUGAAAUUUGCUUAAUUUGCAGAACAUGCAGAUUACAAAGCUGCAGCACACUGAGCUUGUGUGAAUGAAUGUUAAGUCCAAGUGUUUUAUAUUCACAUUUUUUAAGUAUAUAUUUUAAUAAAAAACACGAAUGCACUGCU